AUGGCGGCGUCGGUGCGCGCGCUGGAUGCGGGCAGCGUUCACCGCAUCUGCUCGGGGCAGGUCGUCUUAUCCCUGGCCAUCGCCGUUAAGGAGCUGUUGGAGAAUGCCGCUGAUGCCCACGCGACAAAGAUUGACAUCAAGAUUCGCGAGUAUGGCAAAACCCUCAUCGAGGUGACGGAUAAUGGCAGUGGUGUCCAUCAAGAGAAUUUCGAAAAAAUUGCUUUAAAACACUACACGUCAAAACUGCAGGAUUUCGAUGAUCUCGAGUCUGUCAUGACUUUUGGCUUUCGUGGCGAAGCUCUCAGCUCCCUCUGCGCCAUCAGCGAACUGUCUGUGGUGACAAGUGACAACGACGAAGGUUGGGGGCACGCCCUUGUGUACAACAGUGAUGGGGUGCUCGUCAGUCAGGAGCGAGUGGCGCGCGAGCGGGGUACCACCGUCAGCAUCAAAAACCUCUUUCAGACCCUGCCUGUCCGUCAACAAGAGUUUCACAAAAACUGCAAGCGGGAAUUCGCCAAGCUGGUACAAAUGCUGCAAGCAUAUUGCAUGGUUCGACCUGACAUUGCCUUUCGGCUCACCCACAUCCCAAACGCUGGUUCAAACCGCCAAUCCGAUCUCGUCCGCACCAACGGCGACAGCACGCUCGAGGCGGUUCUCCGCCACAUUUUCGGAAAGAAACAGCUUGAUGCGCUUGUGCCCUUUACCGCUGACGUGGCUGAAACGGAGUGGAGCAUCAAAGGAUUUGUGUCCAAGCCUUUGCCAGGCUGUGGCAAGUCGGCCAGCGACCGCCAGUUCAUUUCCAUUAACAAGCGUCCUUGCAAUCUGACCAAGGUGGCGCGUGCCGUGAAUGACGCCUUUCAUACUCUGAACAAAGCGCAAUACCCAUUCCUGGUGCUGGAUAUCACGCUGCAUGCUGCAGCCAAAGUCUUUGGCAUUUUUGACGAGCUUUUUUCGCCACCGCAGAUGCCCACACAAUCGGUUGAUGUCAACGUCACGCCUGACAAACGCACGAUCUUAGUGCAGCGUGAGAAUCAGCUGAGCGAUGCCAUACGAGCACACAUGCUGACCGUCUUUGAGCCCUUUGCAGGCCACUACGGUUUGAACGAGCAACUAGCAUUCUUGCCCGACGUACCGCCAUCUGCAACCGCCAAGACGUCGAGCUCUGCCCGCAGCAAACGCUCAGCGGCAGAGCGACGUGCCACCGCAAGUCUAGACCAGUUUUUGCAUCGUCCUGUGGCAGCUGCCCCUGGCGGUAGUGGCGAAGUAGAAGAAAACGACGCAUCCCUGAUGGAUGAGUCGGACGAGGAAGAGCAGGCCGAUGAAGCCGUGCAAGCGACCCCGCCUGGCACAGCAAAUGGCCUGGCAGAUGCGGCGUUGAGCACAGUUUCGCCCAAGGAUAUACUCGACCAUGAGACGCCGACUGUAGACCACGCCAUUGUACAUGCCUCACCCGAGCACAAUGGUGGUUGUUGUCAUGGAUCGGGCCACGAGCUUGGUCGAUCUCCGUCAACCGGACCUGUGUCCGCCAACGAGCUGAGUCCCGCUGUCUUUUGCUGCGAGGUUGAAAAUUGCCGCAAAUUUGCCAAGCCCUUGGGCUCUGCCGCCCUGUUGCGAGCGCAUUACAUGUCGCGACACCGUGGCGUGUCGCUUCCGGCUGCUUUAACUGUGGAGCAGGCUGCGCCUCUGCCCGAUCCCCUACUGGCGCGCUUGGAAGAGCCCGCGCCGGUGCAAGAAACGGGCUAUGGAGAUUUGCCGCUCGUCUUGACGGAUGCCAGCCAGGAAGUGACCUCUCUGGACGCCGUUGCGGCUCUUGCGACAUGCCCUCGACCCCCUGCCCGGCGCGUGUGCCUGGCCCAACCUCUGUCAUCGCAAAGUGCUUCAUCCGCCUCUUCCAAAGAGGCGCCCUCUCAGGCGAGUCAAGAGGCCUCGCGAGCUUUCCAUGCCCGCAUUGAUCGGAAUGCAAACAAUGCGGCUGAGGCCGAACUAGCACGGCAGAUCAGCAAAGAGGAUUUUUUGCGUAUGCGCAUCAUUGGACAGUUUAACCUGGGCUUUAUCAUUGCCCGGCUGGGCCGUGACCUUUUCAUCAUUGAUCAGCAUGCGACAGAUGAGAAAUACAAUUUUGAACGGCUAUCCAAGAGCACCAAGAUUCAGCAGCAGCGCUUGAUUCAAGGCAAAGCCCUGCGGCUACCUGCAGUGCAAGAAAUGACGCUUAUUGACCACGAGGAGAUCUUCAAGCAGAAUGGGUUUGAGUUUGUCGUGGACGAGGGAGCCCCACCGACGAAAAAGGUCAAGCUCACGGCCAUUCCUCAUAGCAAGCAUGUGGAGUUUGGCCAGGAAGACAUUGAAGAGAUGUUGGCGUUACUGCUCGAGCGCCCGGGCGUUUUUGUGCAGCCCUCGCGCCUUCGUGCCAUGCUGGCCUCGCGCGCCUGUCGCUCCUCUAUCAUGGUGGGCAAGGCACUCAAGGUAGCCGAGAUGGCGGAGGUGGUACAACACAUGAGCCAGCUAGAACACCCUUGGAAUUGCCCCCAUGGUCGGCCUACAAUGCGGCAUCUGGUUAAUCUUGACCGAAUUCCCGGCCAGCCCGCAACAAGCGCGCGUCCCAGCUCGAAUACUUGA